AUGCAUCCUCAAAUUUCAGUAACCAGGCAGCUACUAUUUCAAGAAGAUGACAAUCUGGUCGUUCUUCAUAAAUCAAAUGGCUACAUUUUUCUUGGAUCCAGCAAUCGAGCUUAUAAUGUGAGUAUUUCUGACAUGAAAGUUGUCAAUACUUACGAGUGGGUAACAAGUGAGGCAACGAGAAGAAACUGUGAAGAUAUUAGCUUGACGAUAUCAGAUUGCAAUAACUAUAUUAGAUCAUUUUUUACACUUUCAACUCGAUCUUUUUUGAUGUGUGGAACACAUGGAAUGAAACCCUCAUGUGCAGAGUUUAAUUAUGGACAAAAAAAUCCUAUUACGACGAAAUUCGUUGUUGGGCUAGCUCCGGUUAGCUCAAACGGUACUUCUCCUUUUCAUCAAUCUGGACAAAAUAUAAUAACUGCUACUGUUCCUGAUUUGGCUUCUUCGGAGCCAUUUCUUCUCCGACGAAAGAUUCGGGACAUAUGGCGGGAAGACGACGAAGAAAACGCAAAUAUUUUGCGAACCCCUCGAGGACUCGGAACGUUCGAACAAGCCGAAAUAUUGUCAAUGCAUAAAAAUCGGCAGGUCUUUAAGGAGUUGACAAUGUUUUUUACUGAGACGCCUGUUAUCUCAGAGGAAUGCGGGCAUCGCGUUGUUCCAAGGGUGGCUCGCGUUUGCAUCGACGAUCAAGGAGGACGAGGAAAUUAUAAAAGUGAAUGGUCUUCUUUCGUGAAGGCAAGAGUCGAAUGCGUUCUUGAAGAGGAUGGGGCCGAUACUUUUCAUUAUAAUCAGCUAAAAAGUAUUUCCGAGACUCAUCAAAAUUUCUACGGAGCGUUUCGUUCUGAACUGGCUGGAAUUGGAGCUUCAGCAAUUUGCAAAUACAGCAAACAAGAAAUUUCGCAGAGUCUUUCCAGUGCAUUCCACUCAAUAAGAUCCGAUCAGUGCUCUAAAGCAAAUGAUUUCGAUGAGCUCUCACGUCUUCGACUAAAUCCUCUCAUAAAGAAGAGAAUUAAAUCCCAUCCAAUAUUCAGCUAUUACGGAAAAGGGAAGGAAAAAUUUAUUUACGUCUUGCCGCAGGAACAAGUCCGGGACCUCUCUAAUCAGACACAUGACAUUCUUUUUAUUGCAACAAAUUUCGGAAACAUUUUGAAGAUUAUUAUAAGUAAUGGAAACGCAAGACAUUCCAGUACAUUCAAAGUUCUACCGGUCAAUACAAAAGUGAUAUCGAUGUUUCUCACAGAUGAAAAUCACUUUGCAAUUGUUACUGAGAACAGCAUUGUCAAGAUGCCGACAAGUGUCUGCAUGACGUCCAACGAAAUGACAUGUGCACUUUGUUUGCAAGCAGGAGAUCCGCAGUGUGCUUGGAAAGGCGGUGUCGAGUGUCUUGACAUUACUAGAACUUAUCCUGAAGGUCUAAAGUACCUCACCCAAGAGACUGCACACUGCCCAAAAUACGAUGAUCGGCUUCCGGUAAAAAAUGCACCAAUAAUUAUUGAAGCAGAACAUCCCAUAUGUUUGUGCGAAAGCUCGUCAAUAAUGCCGUCAACAACAGAAGUCAUUCAGAAGGAAAUAAUUAAUGACUCGCCGGGUCCUUUCUUUUAUGGAAUGUUAUUGGGCACUAUUGUCACUAUGCUGGUAUUUGCACUUGUUCAUUUGAUUGACAAACCAAUGCAUGAUUUACUAACCACCAAUGAAAAAACACUAACCGGUGAAAAACAAGAGAUCGAGAAACCACUCUCUGAAAACAAAGAAGUUAUAGUCUAUGAUGUUCAGGUGCAAAAAGAAUACUGA